AUGAAAUUUAUUGUUCCCAAUACUUCUGCUGGAAUGGUGAUUGGUAAAAAUGGGACAAGCAUUAAAGAAAUUAGAGAAACUACAACAGCAAAUAUUCAAAUUUACCCAAAAGCUGGGACUGAAGAAGCUAAAAUGUCUUUAGAACGUGUAAUAACAAUUGGACAUGAAACUAAUGACGUUUUGAUGAGUGCAAUGCAAAAAGUUUUAGAAAGAGUUUGUGCUGAUCCUUUACAUUCGCAACCAAUUACGUCUGAAUCUCAAAAUGUAAGUUCUGGAUAUGAUUUUGCUACUAGUCGUGUUACUACAGGAGCAUCUCAAUUUGCUGGAAUGCAAUCAACUCCAGCUUGGCAAAAUCAGACUUCGAUUGAUCAAAAACUUGGCAACCAAUUCAAUUCAAAUUCUAUUAAAUUCAAUCCUUUACAAGGGACUGGAAAUAAUGAGUUAUUGGCAUUUUUGGACAAUUUACAAUCAACUUUGCGUUCUUCUGGUUUUAAUGAUCAAAGCGUUAGUGAAGUAAUGCAGGCUAUGCAAGUGCUUGCCAAAUAUAAUAUUAUGGUUUGUUUUUGA